AUGGAUGAGUUCUCUUAUGAAACCAUGCGUCGGGCGGAAAGAGAGAGCUUCAAGUGUAAGGCUCGUGAUUUCGUUUCAUCUUCCAACCCACUUGCUUAUCAUCGCAAGCUCACUAAGAAAAUCAAAGAAAUCAAUAAACGAGUUGAUGAAAUUGCGGAAGAUAUGGAAAAGUUUCAGUUGGAAACUAGUUUGAACAGUACCAUCGUUGCUGAUGGGGAAAGUAGUUGGCAACGAAGUAGGCAAACUGCAUCUGUCUUAAUCGAUUCUGAAAUUGUAGGAAGAAAGGAUGAUAAGAAUACGAUAAUAGACAUAUUAACAAAGGCGACUACAUCUUCAUCAAAUGUCCAUUAUCAUUCUUUGGAAAAGGUUCCUGUAAUCUCAGUUGUGGGGAUGGGUGGACUUGGGAAGACCACACUUGCACAGCUCGUUUACAAUGACGAGUCGGUAGUCCAACACUUCGAUCAAAGAAUGUGGGUCUGCGUAUCUUCAGAUUUUGAUGUGGAGAAAAUCCUAAUAAAAAUGAUGGAAUCCAUCACUCUUGCGAAGUUUGAUAGAUUAUCAAAUUUCGACGCGCUGGCGAACAAGGUUCGGGAAAAUCUCCAGGGGAAGAAAUUAUUGCUAGUAUUGGACGACUUGUGGAACGAGGAUGUUGAUCAAUGGGAGAUGCUCAAAAUUCCGUUGAUCGUUGGUGCUCAAGGGAGUAAAAUAUUAAUCACCACACGGAACAUGCAGGUUGCAGAUAUCGUCAAGGGGAGCUUUAGUCCAUACCAACUGGAAAAAUUACAAGAAGAUGAAUGUUGGUCGAUCAUGGAGAAAAGAGCAUUUUCUCCCGGAGGAGCAGUAAAGACUCCGACCAUGACAAACAUCGGAAAAGAGAUAGCAAAAAACUGUAGUGGUUUACCACUUGCAGCAAAAUUCCUCGGAAGUUUAAUGCACUCGAAAAAUAAAUAA